UCCGGCUCCUGCCGGGUUCCUGCGGUGCCGCUCCGCCUUUCCGCUUCCUGUCGCGGACCGGGGCUGGCGCGGCGCUUCCAGCCGGGAGAGGUGGCCGGCGACAGCGCCAGUUCUCCAGAUGGCUUCUUUUGGGUGGAAGAGAAAGAUUGGUGAGAAGGUCUCAAAAGCUACUUCUCAGCAGUUCGAAGCAGAAGCUGCGGAUGACAAGGAUCUGGGUGACGAUGAUGAUGCUAACUGGGUGCAUGCAGCUAAGAGAAGAAAGGAAAUUCUCUUAGAAGAUUGUGUAAGGAAAAGUAAGGAGCUCAAGGAUGAAGGAGCAAAUUUGGCGGAAAAUCGGAGGUACAGAGAGGCUCUUGUCAAGUGGGAUGAAGCACUUCAAUUAACUCCAGAGGAUGCUACACUUUAUGAGAUGAAAUCACAGGUCCUGAUGUCUUUACAUGAAAUAUUCCCAGCAGUGCAUGCAGCAGAAAUGGCUGUCCAGAGAAACCCACGUUCCUGGGAUGCCUGGCAGACUUUGGGACGUGCCCAGCUUGGAUUAGGAGAGAUAGCACUGGCAAUCCGAAGCUUCCAGGUAUCCUUACACAUCUUUCCAAUGAACCCUGAAGUAUGGAAAGAAGACCUUUCCUGGGCAAGAAAACUACAGGAACAGCAGAAGGCAACAAAGACUGAGGCAGUGCAAGCACUGUCAAAAGGAAAAGAGCUUGCACAAGAGUCAAUCCCAGACUAUGACUUUGAAAGUGAUGAAAUUGUGGCAGUCUGUGCUGCCAUUGCAGAGAAGGAGAAAGCUCUUUCAGCUGCUAAAACGAUGGUGAUCGUGUCUGCUUCAGGCACAGUAGAGACUGUUACUGAGCGAGACAAUCGUCCUGCCACUCCCGAUGAAACCCUUUUCAUCAGGGCCCGGUAGGGCAGCCUCGUGAGUUGUCAUCCCCAUAGUUUCAAGAACUACUGUUAUUUAUUGUAUUUUGCUUGCUUUGUGUUUGUUCUUUUUUUAUUAUGUGAUAGGAUAGCCUGCAAAAGUUAAAGAACUGAAAUUAUUUUUCUUUCGCUAAUUAAAAAAGCAAUGACCUGAGUUGUCGUUCCAUCUGUAUUUUUCAAAAAGAAAGCCAAGAGUUGAUUCUGAAAAUUAUGAAUUCUUAUGACCAGAUGUAAUGCUGAAAUGCUUAACUGCAUUUCAACAGCUGCUUUCAUCUUUGUGUAUUUCAUAAUUUUACAAGUUAAUGUGUACAUUUUCCCAGUAAUUAGGAAAGUUUUAUUUAAACUAUAAAAGUGCUGUAGUUUAUCCCCAGCUGGCAACUCAGCCCCACACAGCUGACUCCCUCCUGGUGGAAUUGGAGAGAGAACUGGGAAAGUGAGAGAAUUUGUGGGCUGAGACAGAGACAGCCUAGGGAAAGCAAAAGCUGCACAUGCAAGAAAAACAAGGGAUUUGCCCAAUUCCCCUGGGAAGGCAGGUGUUCAGCUGUCCCCAGGAAAGCAGGGCUACAACAUGUGUGGCUUGGGAAGACACUCUGAAUGUCCUCCCUUCUCCUAACUCCUUCUUUCCCCAGUUCUAUGUAUUGGGCGUGAUGGCUGUGGGAUGGAAUAUCCCUGUGGUCAGUUGGGGUCAUCUGUUCUGGCUUGUCUCCUCCCAGCCUUGCCUCUUGUGCACCCCCAGCCUUCUCACUGGUGGGGUGGGAUGAGGAGCAGGAAAAGGUCUCGACCCUGCGGAAGCACUUCUCAGCAAUAAUGAAAACAACUGUGUGUUAUCAACACUGCUUCCAGCACAAAAUCAACACCUAGCCCCCUGCUUGCCUCUCUGAAGAAAAUUAACUCUAUCCCAGCCAAAACCAGCACAAAAAGAAAUAGGAACUUGUAAAAAUUAUUUCAAUCACUAUUAAUAUUAUUUUUCUUCCAGUAAAAGUGUGAACUGUUUUGUUAUUGACAGUCUUUGCUUUCAUUAAGAUUACUUGUUCUAUGAGAAAGUAUCCUAUGAAGCAGAGAUGGAUUAUUAUUUUGUGUGUGUGUGACAGAUCUGAUUUGUAGCCAAAUCAAGUAGAAACCUUUAUCUUGCUUUCAUCAGUGAGUGUGUUAAACACUUUUUGAUUAGAUGAAAGGAAAUGCUAUACCAAACAAGGCCCUGAAUGCUUAGUUACAACUGAAUGUUUCACCAGAAGAAAGAACACUUCAGGUUAUGACUGAAAGUCGCCUUUCCUUAUCGCGAGUGCUGUGCUGCAGAGAUCACCAAAACUGGAAUGGUGGGAGUAGGAAAUAGAUAUGGCUGAAUUGUAUUGUAUUCAGGGCUUUUCUUUCCUAGUGAGGCUAAUCUGAUAAAGGAAGUCAGCUUGCUUUUCCUAAUUCUUAUAACCUGCUAUUAAAAGUAUGUCCUUAGGGAGCCAGUUUUUCAGGAUAGCACUGCUGGAGUCACCCUUUUUAUCCUUUUUGGAUUUUGGAUGCCGUGGUGGGUACUAAGGCAUACUGUAGGAGAUUUUUUUAAUGUUCGUUUUUCUUCAGGGGAACGUGGCAAUUGGUUUGUCACACAGGCAGGUCAGAGAAAUGAAAUCAGGCUGUUUCUCUGAUGUGCUCUGUGCUGAGACUGUUCUCCUUUCAUUGUCUUGGAGACAUGGUAGAGAUGAUCACAUCCUAACUGUACUGGAAGAAAUGGUCAGUUGAGGAAUUCUUGAAGAAUUCAGUUUGAGAACAUUUAAUUUUUACUUGAUUUUGAUAACAUUUUGUAUGAUAAUAGAGAGUUUUGUAGACAAGUGAAACUUCUGAAAUCAGUAAUCUUUGCACUUUUCAAAUCUGAUUUCUAAUUUCAAAAGAACUCGCUUUAAAAGAAAAUGUUGCUUGAGAAGUAUAGUGGUUUUUGCAGUGGAAAGUGCAUUGCAGAAAAACUGUCUCAAAUCAUACUUUCUGUUUAUCUGAUAUCAGAAUAUCUUUGUUUAAAAGGAUACAUACAGUUUUUAAAAAAAUUAAUUACCUUUCUUAAAGACUUAAUUGCCUUGUUGUACUAAGGGUUCAAUGUUUUUCAAGAUUCUCCAUGAAUGUUUUUUUGUGUGUGUGAAUUUUUAGAUCUGUGCUUGCAUGAACACACAUUCACAAAAAUCACACCUUUUACUAUCUUCUGAAUAUUCAAAAUAAUUAUAACUACAGUGACCUAAAUAUAUUAAGAAAUGUAAAACAUCAUCAUGCUACAUUUUUAUUUCUUCAUUAAAGAUUUUAAAUGCUGGAUAGGCACCUGAUUAAGAUAUGGUUUAAUAGUUUAAAUUGUUAGAGUUGAAAGAUUUCCUAAUCUUUUUUCUCCUAUCAACUUAUUACAAUCUAGUUAGCCAUAGGAAGAGUUAGCAUGAGAGGGGUUUGGAAAGAUUUCUUCAGAAAAGAGAUCUUCUCUGGCUGGAAAAGGAAAUGUGUGAGAUGCUCUAGGGUAUGUUUUCUUUUUGAAGGAGCUCGGCUGUAUCCACCUCGUCUUUUCUUUCUUUGCGCUUUGUACUUGCGUCAGUGUUCUGUCUUUACUCAUACAGGAAGGACUGCUGCCCUCCUCUCGGAGGCCCAUGUUAUCACAGAAUCUCUUUCCACUGAAGUGAUUCACAAAGUUCCUACUGACUUCAGCACUGCAGGGCCAAACUGCUGGAGGGGUGUACAUCUGCACCAUCAGGCUGUGCUGGGCUCGAGGGGUGGUGGUUUCCAUCCCGUGUACUAAUGUGUUUUCCUUCUGAUUAGAUCAGGUUGUGAAUUCCUGGUAUUGUCAGAACUGUAGUGUUCUGUAGAGCAGUUAAGUUCUUGUGACACUGUUCUCAAACUGGGGAGAAGUUCCAAUACUGAUGAUUUCAGCAUUGUUUUUUGUACAGCAUGCCAUGUUUUGCAUGUAAGGAAUUUUCUGGAUUGUUUUGAAUAAAAUACUGACUUCUUUGCUGCUUA